UUUGAUAAAGUGAAGCCAAGUUUAGUGGUAGGCAAUAAGCCAGUUUACGUAUCGGCUGCUGGAAGUACAGAUCGGCAUGGGGAACAGCAAAGGAGGGCGAUUUAGGUCCGCCGUCUUGGCACUAUCUUUUUUAUUUCUCGUCUUUCUGGAGCAUGCUGCACAAGGAGCUCCUGCAAAGGGAAGAUUCAUGUGGGUGCGAUGCAAACCCGACAGCAAGGAUGCCAACUGCAUUGAGCAGAAAGGUCCAUGGAUUGACCUUCCCAAAUCUGGAGUUAAUCGAAUCCUGCCACCCAAUGCGGACCCUGAGCAGAUGAUGAGAAUGGUAAAUAACUUCAAUGAAGAAGACCUUUCUGGAGACUUCUCUGGUGAUGUCCAAAUCGAGGGAAAGCCAGAGCCUGAUUCUAAAUCUAAAGUUGAUGUGGCGCGGUUAACAAAGAAAGAAGAGGAAGUAGAAGAAGAGGAAGGAAGUGCAUUGGACAGCACAAGCCCACCGGAUGAGGCAGAAGUGGAUUACUCCCUCUACAGCUACCCGGUCAGAGUCCCUGCAAAUCAGCAAGGCAUAACACAAGACCUAAAGCUUCAGGAGGAGGGCUUCAUUCUGUGAAGUAACUGGUUUAAGAAAAAGUAAUUGUCAGGGCAUUGCAUUCUUUAUUUUACUUACUGUUUUUCAAUCUGCAAACCUUUUAGCUGAAACAUUUAAUUUUGUUUUUCAACCCACCCCACCACCACUCCACUCCCAAGAAUCUUUUGCACAUAAGUCCUGCUUUUUUGACUCAACUUGCUUUAUGCGACAGGACUAUCUCUGUUUGUAUUCUAGAAAUGUUUUUACAAUACCACUUGGCUCCUGAAUUUUAUCUAAUAAGUAUUUAAAUUUUUUUAUGGAAAAAUGCUGUCAGGGACACUGUCUGGCAGUGAAUUUUCUUCUUCUCUCUUCUGGACUUUUCUUUUCAUGGCAAUGGCAACUAGUGCAUCACUGUGGUACGGCAAACUUGAGGAAAGCAGAGCCAUGGCUUUUUACGUUUAAUAGCUGAUUUAAUAGCUGCUUAGGCCUUAUGCUGAUGUCAAAUGUCUCUGGCAGGUGAUAUGCCAUAGCAAUUUUGGCAUCGUUUACCUUCUACCAAGCAUAAUAAAACUGGCAGAUUUAGGAAGAAACCCUGCAGACGUUUUACUAGAGAUUGAUAGGUGCAAUUUUUAGAAAACAUGCAAUCUCGUAUCACCUAUAUGCUGAUGACUGCCAAAUUUAUUUCUCCCUCAAGUCAACUGACUCCACUAAACCUCUUCUCAACUGCUUAUCUGACAUUAAGGACUGGCUGGCUGUAAACUUCCUUCACCUGAACGAUUCAAAAACCGAGGUCAUUGUUUUUAGUCCCGACCGCAAACAGACCCUACCCCUUGACCUCGACUUUCUUCCCAUUCCAGUAACUUCGUCUGUUUCCAAUCUUGGAAUCAAAAUGGAUAUGGUCCUGAAAAUGGAUGCUCAAGUCAACAGCACAGUAAAAUCCUGCUUUUUCCAUCUCAGGCGAAUUGCCAAACUCAAACCAAUUCUGCCUUACCACCUCCUGGAAUCAGUAAUCCAUGCAUUCAUUACGUCCCGGCUCGACUAUUCUAAUUCCUGCCUAUAUGGUAUUAGUAAAGCCACUCUUUCGAGACUCCAAUUGGUUCAAAAUGCGGCUGCAAGACUUUUAACUGGAAGCAGCAGAAGCCAACACAUUACACCGAUUUUAAAAACCCUACACUGGCUGCCGGUUAGCUUCAGAAUUGAUUUUAAGAUACUCCUCUUAACCUAUAAGGCACUAAAUGGUCUAGCCCCUGCCUACUUGAGUGUCUUGCUCCAUCGUCACAAUCCCCCUUGUGUUCUUAGAUCCGCAGAUCAGCUGCUCCUAACCGUUCCCAAGGCACAUUUUAAAGCUCGUGGUGAAAGGGCUUUUUCUGUCUGUGCACCCAAGCUCUGGAACUCCUUACCUUUAGUGGUUAGGCAAGCCGCUUCAGUCACCACAUUCAAAUCACACCUAAAAACGCACUUCUUCACAUUGGCUUUUAAUUCUUAACCUGUCUUAUUCCCACUUGCUUUUUGCUAUUUCUCUGUUUUAUUGGGUCCCCUGACCUGUUUUUUAAUGUCUGUUUUAAUUCUCUCUUAAUGUUUGUUUUUAAUAUUUUGCUUUUAGUCUUGCUUGUUUUAACUGUACAGCGCUUCGGUCAGUUGUAAUGCUGUGUUUUUAAGCGCUUAACAAAUAAAAAUGGUAUGGUAUGGUAUUGUUAAGCGGCCUUUCAGUAGGCUGCUGUGUGAUCUGUCCUAAGACCUCAUCUGUUUAAUCUUGCUUGGAUCCACCACAGAUAUUGUUAUUGAAACUCUGCCUCUUGCCUUCUCUCCCCCUAUUUUUAUGAGUUCUAGCCAGUAAACCCGCAAUUAGUAUGUGAUAUUCAUUAAUCGUGCCUUCAUGUGCUGUGGAACAGGUGGAAAAUGUUUCCUGGUAGGAAAUGUUAAGAGAAUGCCCUUCAAGUUGCCACUUGAAAUUAGCAAAGUUGUGACAUAACAUUGACCUGCCAUUCUUUUGAUAAUAAUGUGUAUGUUUAAAUUGGAACAUGAGCCUAAUGUCAUCCACAGAAGUACUUGUUAAGGGGACCCGAGCAUCAAGUGGGGAUCUCCUACUAAUUUGUUUUCUCAUUUUACCCCAUUGUCUUAAAAAGGUUAAUUUCUGUUUAUAGUUCAAGCUUUAGUCUUUAAUUUUCCAGUCUAUUCAUGCCAGUGCCAGGCUAAACAAAAAUGUAAAACAUUUUGGUAAUUUUUUCAUGUUUGCUUCCUAUAGCUUUGACCCCGCCAAGCCUAAAAGCAGGUACUUCUCACUUCCGUGGUGCUCUAGGAGGUGCCAUUGUACAGAACUCUAGACACAGAUACAUGCUUACUCUUUCUGAACAUUUGUCAGGAAGAUGAUCACAUGCGGUGGUGUGAAGUGCAAUGCAGAGGUACACCCGGCCAAAAAACAAUAGGCAUCUUUUUUGUUAUUCAUUUUGGUAUAUUAAAUUUAUGCAGAUGUGUGAUGCAGCAAAAAGUAUUUUUUCUUAUGCAUGCUAUGUUAAAAAUAUUACUAAAUGCUUUUUUAUAUGUAUUAUUUGUUUUCAUAUAACUUAUUUUAUAGUGUGUUAGAUGGAUAGAAGGGAAAUGAUUUAUGUCAUUUUAAACUGCACAGCCAACUUCAAUCUUCUAUGCAAGUUUAUAAUUGUUUUCAAUUUGCCUUUUGUAAAGAAAUAUUGAGUAAAAAUUGUAUAAAGAAUAAAGGCCUUCAUUUUUA